CUAAGGCCAAGGAACGAACUUACUUGUCCGGUCUAUAUUCGGAUGAAUAUUCACAGAAGAUAGCGACAGAAAACUUCGUGCGCGAAGAAGCAGCGACAAUAGCAGUGUCUGGCACUGAGACGACAGCCGGUGCUCUGUCCUAUGCAUUGGCUCUCCUCGGCCUGUAUCCUGAGUGGCAGGAGAUGGCGCAGCGGCAGCUGGACCAAGUUUUCGGUGGUGGUGGCGAUUUCCUGCGGCCGGUCACUACAGCAGACCUGUCCCAGCUAACCAUGAUUGACGCCAUUGUAAAGGAGACGCUGCGGCUGUUCCCUACAGCUCCCGUCGGUACGCGCCUCGCAGCCGAGGACAUUCCAUUAGCAGGUGGCCGUUACAUAGCACCUCGUGGCUGCUGUGUCUUUUUGGCCUUUUACCUGCUGCACCGCAAUCCAGAGCUGUUCCCAGAUCCCGACAAGUUUGAUCCGGGUCGCUUCCUUCCGGGUGGCAGUGCAACUUCCAGGAGAUCCUGCAGCUACCUUCCGUUUAGUACUGGUCCACGAAGAUGCGUGGGAGGCCCCUUCGCGACUAUGGAAAUGAAAAUUUUGCUAGCAACACUACUGAGGUGGUUUCGCAUACUUCCUGGAUCCAGCAGAGAAGAACUAGAAAGUAUCUCAUUUUCUGUAACCAGCCAUCCCCUCACAGGUUACAGAGUAUCAUUUAUUCCUCGAGAAAUACAGUCCUUUAAGUAA